AUUUUUUUGCAAGAUCCAGUAACAAAAAUCAAGGCAUGGCUUUAACGUGUGAAUUCUCAAGCAACUGCUUUAUGGGAAUAAAUUUCUAUGUUUGUACAGUCAUGAAUCAAACAGUAUCACAAUAUUGUGAGCUUAACAUUAUUGGAAAGCACAAAGACGGAUUAAUUAACAGAGACGUCAACGAAGUCAUUUUUGGAAGGUGCAAAAUGUCAAAGGUCCCAAAAGGAAUAACGAAAAUAUUCCCAAAUACGAAGGAUUUAUGCAUUUGGGGAUCAACAUUGACAGCUGUAGAUAAAAAUGAUUUAAUUGAGUAUAAACUUCUUGAAAGGAUUGAUCUCGGUGAUAAUAAGCUGGAAUUUCUAUCUGGCGAUCUUUUUGAGGGCUUUAAGAACAUAGAAGAGAUCUCAUUCAAUGGUAACUUCCUGAAAAUUAUUGAGCCUAACAUUUUGGAUGGACUUAAACGGCUGAAAUUUGUUGAUUUUGGUAACAAUCCGAAUUACAGGACAAUCUACUCGGAAUAUCCUGAAUACAAGCCUAAUGCAUCACUGGAUGAAGUCAAAUCGGAACUUAAUAGUGUUUUUAUAAGGAAUAUUAAGGCAUACAAGAGUAUUGUGAUAAAGAACUAUGAGAAAGAAAUGCUACACUUCCAGCAAGAUCACGAUAAGGAAUAUCCACAACCUGAAAGGAAUUUUGUACAUGAUGUCUAUAAAUACACCAGAAAUAAGAACUCUAAAGACUUUAUAAUAAAUAUUAGCGAUAAUGAGUUUUACGUCCACAAAUUUCUCUUCGCAGCAAGAAGUCAAACAUUUGCGGAUCUUAUCCAUAACAAUCCACACGUAGAGAAAUUAGACUUAAUUGAUAUUUCUGUCCAUACAUUCGAGAUAAUUUUAAAUUUUAUUUAUAAUGACGAGUUUCCCCUUAAUGAAGUAAAUGUGAACAUUCUACAUCUAUUUGCGGCUGCUGGACAAUUGAAAAUUAUAGACUUGAUGAAUUUUUCAGCCAAGCACAUCCUCAAGAUAAUGAACAAACAAAAUGCACUGGAACUUCUGAGAUUAAGCAACAAGUAUGAACACAAUGAAAUAAGGCAAAAGGCAUUCGAUGUAAUCAAGGCACGAUAUCCGAAAAUCACAUUCAAAGAUAAGCUGGUAAUGGAACCAGAAACUGUUUGCAAGCUGAUCGAAUUGUUUGAAAGAAAAGAAGAAGCUAUAAAGAAACUUGAGAAAGACUUUGAGAAUCAUAUGAAUGAGCAGUAGCUUUAGACCAGUGAGUCCAAUUGUUUAAAUUUUUAAUAUACAUUUUAAU